AUGAUUAACAAUGAUACUGUAUUGGUUUGUGAAAGUUCUCCAAUUGAAAUAAAAAAUGAUGAAAUAAAGGAUAGAUUUAGUAUGUUAGUUAAUAUGUGGAGACAUCAAGCUCAUUGUAUUAAUAGAAGACUAUCAUCUGCCUGUGUAAUAUCAAUUGAUGAAAUUAUAAAUAAUAAAAAUAUUCCCCAAAAAUUUAAAAGUGGAGAGUAUUUUAAUCAAAAAUUAAUUCCACGAAGUAAAAUUUAUUCACAGGAAAUAUAUCAAUUUUCAAAAUUUAUCUCACCAUUGGUUUGUUCAUUUGAAACAAUUAAUUUAGAUGAAAAUUUAAAAAGUUCCCAUGUUGAAAUUCCCUAUUUGAUAAAAAUUAAUUGUGUUAAUGAGAAUAAUAAUGAAAAUGACAAAAGUACAUAUAAGUUACAAAUUAUUGUAAGUAAAGAUACUUUAUUAUCUAAAUGUGAAUGGAUUAAAAGUCAUGCUUUUCCGCGACUCGUAAAAUGGUUUAAAAAUUUUAGUAUAGAGAGUGAAAAUUUUUGUAAUGAAUCAUUAAUUAAUACAGAAAGUUAUGCUAAUAGAUAUAGAGAUAUUAAAGAAAAUAUUGGUAAAGUAAUUGUUCAAGAAUGGACAGAGAAGACAGAUCCAUUAAAAUUUGUUUAUGAAGAUUGUGGUAUAUCAGCAUAUUUAUGUGAAUUAUGGAAAAGUUUAAAUAAAAUACCUCAAUAUUUUGUAGAUAUUGGAUGUGGAAAUGGUUUAUUAAGUUAUAUAUUAACAAAAGAAGGAUAUAAAGGUAUUGGACUUGAUAUGAGAGAGAGAAAAAUUUGGACAAAAUUUAAAGAUAAUGGAUGUAUUUUAAUUGAAAAAACUUUAAUACCAUCAAGUGAUAAUGUUAGUAGUAUUGGUAUCCCAAGAGAAUGUGAUUUUAUAAUAGGUAAUCAUAGUGAUGAAUUAACACCUUGGAUUCCAAUAAUGGCAUCAAGAUUAGAAUGUAAUUUUUUUCUUUUACCAUGUUGCCCAUUUGAUUUUUAUGGUAAAUUUAUACAUGUCCCUAAUGAAUUAGUUAAAAGAAAUGAUAAGCUUUUUGGAGCUCAAGGAACAUCUAUAUAUAAUAACUAUUUAAGCUAUCUUAAAUGUUUAUGUGAAAAAUUAGGAUAUAAUGUUAAAAUAGAUAGAUUACGUAUUCCAUCAACAAAAAGGAUUGCACUGAUUUGUACAAUACCAGAGGAGGGAUUAAAUACUAAUCUUAAUUGUAUAAUAAAAAGUAUAUUAGAAACAUCAAAAAAUAAUAAAAAUAAUAUAUUUAUACCAAGAGAUAAAAUUGAAGCAGUACGUAAUUGUAGUCAAAUUGAUAUUAAUAUUAGAAAUACAAUCAUUGAAAGGAUUUUUAAUAAAUUACUUAGUGUUAAUAAAGAAGCAUUAUAUUUUUCUAAAUGGCAUACUGGAGGAUCAUUAACUAUAUUAGAGGUUUUUAAAAUGCUUAAAGAUGAUGAGAAAAUAUUAAUGAAGAAACAAAAUGGUGGUUUUCAAACAUUUUUAAAGAAUCAAUAUCAAAUAUUUAAGAUACAUUCUGGGAAGGUAUCUAUUAAAAAUUGGGCACAAGAAAUUAAACAUGUUAAAAUUAAAAAAGAAUUUAUUCAUAAAUCAGAAUGUUGGUUUCAUCGAUAUCAUCCUGAUGGAUGUCCAUUACCCUCUGAGAAAUGUUUAUUUUUACAUUAA